AGUUGUUCGUGAAUAGCGAAUAAAAAUAAAUCGCCUACUCAGGCAAACAAUUCACAGAGAACCCAACGGUUCAAACUUACCGUUAAAAAUCGAGUUUUAUCUUGCGCCUGAACGCUGUAACUGUUUUCAUUUAGGUUGCGGUCGCAAGCAUACUGAACGUCUAAUAAUGUGGAAACACGGUCUUGGGGCCGUCAUGCUUGCUGGCGACGACUUGGCAACCGUCGCCUCCGCUCUAUCGCUGAUGCAAGAUACUUGAAUAGAUGCAUCAUGGGCAGCGCCACGUGGAGCGCAGGUUGGGCGGCUGGCUUCCCGCUGCAAGCGCGGACAUGCCGGUCCGAGCACUUGCAGUGGUCAUCCUCUUCGCACUCGCUGCACCAAGCGCCUCAUUCCAUAUUCAAUUAGGAGCUCCAGAACACGACUGUGGUUCUGGAGGAAUCGGUGCGGGCCUCAAAUACUUUGCCCAGCAGGCAUCGCGCUGGCCUGAGCAGCUCGCUAUCGUGGACGCUUACCGCUCAUAUGCCGUCAACUAUACCGUGACAACUGUUGAAGCGAACUGCUCUGCCGGAGCUUUGGUGAAUUCGGUCCGAACCCUCGCACGGUCAUGUCACUUCCUCUUAAGCGGCAUCGGCUAUGAGGAGGAGCAGGCGGUGGCAGCGAACAAGCUGCAAAAGCUUAUGAUGCUCGCCGGCGUGACCACUGACCGCGUCUUCGAGCUGGGUCUGUCGUACAUAUACGGCAUCACCACCUCCCCCGUCCACUACUCCGCAACCGCCCUCAAAGCCAUGGCCCUCCGCUCCAUCUCCCAUGUCGCUGUCAUCUGGCGCCGUGACGGCGACCCAGUCCUUCAGGCCACCUGCCUGGGCGCCCUCGCGCAGGCCCCCUCCCUGCAGCAGCUGCACCCCGAAACCAUCUUCACGCCCCUAAACUACACGGCGGCGGAGGCGGAGGCGCAGGGCUUCUUCGCCGCCUUAGCGGCACGCGUCGCCGCCAGUGGCGCGACGGCAGUGGUGAUGUGCGACGUCGCCGCCGCCACGAAACAGCUGACGGGGGCGCUGGCGGAGGUGAAACUGCAGCUGGCGGCGGCAUUCAUGGUAGCGGGGCCGGCGGAGGCGGACCUGGAGGCGGCGUACGGCAGGUACGAGUACGUGCUGUCUGCCGUACAGUGGAACUCGGAGGUGCAGUACGGAGAUGCGUUUUUCGGAUCCGCAGCGGCGUACGACAGCGGCUUCGCCGCCGCCAAUGGCGACAGCCACCCGGACGCCGACGCCGCGGGCGCGUCGGCGGCGGCUCUGACGCUGGCGUGGGCCUUACGUGGCGCCUUUAAAGAGUGCAGCAUCAGUUCGGAGGUGGCGGCGGCGGGCGAUGUGCAGCGGCUGUUGUACGACCCCAGUGCCGUACAUUGCACGACACAGGCGGCGGCAACGGCAGCGGCGACGGCGGGUAUUAACUCGGGCUCUGCGGGGUUGUCCUCAGCGGUUGAGCAGCUGUCGGAUGGUGGUGGUGUGAAUGUCACUGGAUACGGUCUGCUGGUUCGGGCGCUGCAGGAGGGUACCUUCGACACCUUUUAUGGAGUGGUGGAGUUCAGCGCCCGGCGCCGCAACGUGGGCCGCCCCGCCGCCACCACGCAGGUGCAGGGCGGGCGGGUGCGGGUGGUGGGGCCGCUGGAGGCGGCGGCGGCGCUGCUGGUCAUGCCCAUUCCGGUCAGG